AUGAUUCGCUUCUUCUUAGUCUUUAACAGACAAGGCGCUGUUCGUCUCGUCAAGUGGUAUACACCAUACUCAACAGCAGAAAAGGAAAAACUAAAAACUGAUAUCCAUCGUCUUGUUUGCCGUCGUGCUUCAAAUCUAACAAACGUUCUCGAAUACAAGAACUAUAAAAUCAUAUACCGUCCAUAUGCUGCUCUCUUCAUGUGUAUGUGUGUCGAUGCAAACGAUAAUGAGUUCGCUAUUCUCGAAACAAUUCAUCUUUUCGUCGAGGUCAUGGAUCAGUACUUUGGUAAAGUUCGUGAAUUGGACUUGCUGCUCCAAUUCCAUAAAGUUUAUGCAAUCCUUGAUGAAUUUAUUGUUGCUGGCGAAGUUGGCGAAUGCAAUAAGCAAAUUAUUGUUGAGCGUAUGAAAAUGCUCGAUUCUCUUAGCUAA